GGAAUUACAAACUGUUUUGGAUACCUUCUCCUUCAUUGCAUCUGCAUUGGGUAACAUGUAAAGAUUUGUCACAGUAGAAACGAUAAAUGCGUAUUUUAUGCUUUUAUAGCGUUAGAGCAAUAAAAAGUAAUAUUUCAGUUAAAAAGUUGACGCUGUGGGUCGUUUGGUGGUUAUUUGCUGUGAAAACAGUGAUAAGGUUAAGGAGCUAGCCACCUGUUGAUCCAUCGAGCAACCCUGUUUACAUUUAGCGAGCGUAGUUGUGCUGGUGUAGCCUCGGAUACUUCAAACAUAGCCACAUGCUGAUGAAGUUAAAGGUCUUCUGGAGCUUUUCAACCGUUCACACAAGCUGUAAAUGUUGCUUCGGCGCCGGAAAGCUAAAUCGGCAAAGAGCUAAUCGGUUUGAGGGAGCUCAGCCUACACAGAAGCUGAGUCAGUCAGAUGGCCGUGGUGAUGAACAGGUUCAGUCCUGGCUGCCUGAUGUUAUAAUAUCUUGUGGGACGGCUGAGAUUGUUGCUCGUAGGUCCAACCUCCUCCAAGUCGAAGGUAAAGGGCAAAGGAGUUAUUUGUGAAUGAAACACUCAGAAAAAGGUGUUUGAAUAUCAUUUACACAUUACCUGUCACAUCGGACUAUGUUACAUGCUGUAUAAAGGUAUGCACGUCCAUGAAUUAGGUAACUGUUCCCUCAGGCAUAAAUGGAGAGAAACUAUUUUGGUGGGCUAGUUUUGCUUGCAUAAAAGGUGACUACCCAGGUGUGGGCUGGUUAGUGGUCUAUAUGUUCUGUACACGUAAAACUGAGUAAGUUGUUCAAAAAUGAGCUAAUCUAGUGUUACAUAGCAGCUCUAGGGUAAAGAAAUAAACGUUUCUCAUCCAGUCCUGUGUUAUGCCUUUGUUUGUAGCAUGCAUCAUUCAACACUUGCUCUGUAGAGAUGGAGUCCGUUUCUGCUUCGAGGAAGAAGGUCGGCUGUGUGCGGCAGGAAAACGCUCGUCUGACUCUGCAGGAUGAGCAGCUCAUCAGUGACCUGGAUGCAAUGCAGUAUGAAAUGGCUACCCCCAAGUCUCAGGUCUACUUCAGGGGCCCUAGGGCUGGGGUUCACAACAAUGUGGUGGUCAUGAGUGAACAGAUUCGUCAGCUUGAAGCGGAGCUGGAGGCUCAGGCCAAAGAACUUAAGGCAGCAGAGCUGAGGGCAGAGUGUUGUCAGGAAGCUGCAGCUCAUAGUGACAUUGUGGUAGCGACUCUUACUGAAGAGCUGAGCACACUCAGGGAGGAGCUGGAAAACAAGACAGCGUUAGGAAAACGGGCAGAGCAACAGAGGAAUCAAGCGCUUGAAAAUGCAGAGAAGCUCAAAGAAGCCUUCAAAGAUUAUAAGGCUACAAUUUCCAUUAAGCUUAAAAGGGUGAUGGAGAGUGAAAACAAACUAAAAGAAAGUCUCAUAGAGUGUGACAGAGAGAAAGAGGAGCUGGAGAUGAAGUGCACUGAGCUGGAGAGGGAGAAGGCAGAACAGAGACAGACAAUUGGUCAGCUGAUGGAGGAGGUGAAACAGUUUAAGGCUGCGGCCGCUAGCCUCCAAGCCCAAAUCGAAGAGGCUGGACGUAAAGCGUCGCACCUGGAGCGGCAGCUUAUGGAGCGAGGUGCAGAGUGCAGGGAUGUGGCCUCUUUGCGCAGGGAACUAGAAGACCUGCGGACUGUGACCCACAGCCAGGAGCAGAGGGUCGCCCAGAGCCAGAAAGAGGCUCAGCAGAGCCAGACAGAGCUGGCCAGCUUGGAGGCCAUACUGGCCCUGCUGCAUCUGCGAGAGGGUACUUUGGGGCAAAUCUGUGCCAGCCCUUGCAUGUUGCCCCCAGUGGACUAUACCGGAGCUGCACACCUAAUGAAGCUAAAGCCAGGCGAGGGCUACCAACAGCUCAUGCGAGUGCUGCAGUCAAAGGAAGCUGAGCGGCUGAAACAGAGCAACCUGAUCGAGCGGCUUCAGGAUCGUCUGAGCAGGGCCCAGGAGGAAAUCUCCUCCCUGCAGAGCUCCAUGGCCCAGAGAGCCUCCCACUACCAGAGCCUCCACACAGAGCUGCUGGACAAACUCAAACAAGCCACAGACACAGAGAAAGAGUUAAAGAAGAAAAAGGCACGAGUUGCCGCACUGGAAAAGCAGUUACAGGAGAAGACUUCAGCCUACAGUCUGGCUGCACUGAAAAACACUGAGCUGGAGACUCAAUUACAGGAGAAGACCAGCAGCGCCCAGCAUUACCAGACAUUGCUGACCAAAAAGCAACGAGAGUAUCAGCAGUCUCUGGAAAAGUGUCAACAGUCUCAUUCUCACCAAUUCACAGAGCAGCAACAAAGAAUACAAAUGCUGCAGUUGUCUCUGGAAGAGGUUCAGCCUCGGGUGGCAGAGAUGGAGCAGGAGUUGACUUCCCUCCAGAGGGAGCGAGAUGAAGCUCAGAGAGCAGCUCUGUUGCUGCAGAACUCUCUAGAUCAGCUAACACAGGAGAAGCAGGUGGAAGUCAGACAGAAUGAGGAGUUUCUCCAGAGUUUCAAAGAGCAGGCAGCUCACUCUGCAGCCAAGGUGUGUGAGCUGCAGUCGUCUCUGUCAGCAUGCAGAAAAGAGAUGAACUCAUACCUGCAGCAGAUAGAAGAGAUGAAGAAGAACUAUGAGACUGAGCUGCAGAAGAACAAGGAGAAGGUGUCCUCUCUGCAGGAGAAGCUUCACAGCACCACUCUGGUUUGUCAGAGCUCCAGCGAGGAGAACCUGCAGCUGCAGCUUUCUCUCCAGCAGCAGCAGACCAUGCUCACAGAGAGCAGCGCUCGUGUUUCUGAGCUGGAGGAAAGCCAAAGCCACCUGCACAGGCAGGUGUCGGGUCUGGAGCAGCAGCUGGAACGAGCCCGAGUGUCUCUGCAGGAAGAAUUAAGCAAGAGACAGGAAGAUAAUCAGGUGAAGGAGAAGAAGCUGCGGGAGAUAAACCAGCAGAAUGAACAGCUCUCCGAGUCUGUGAGACAUCUCACAUUAGAGGUGAAAAAGUGCAGGGAGGAGCUAGUGUCCAAGGAGUCAGAGCUGGAGCGUCUGAGGAAGGAUGUCGGUGUUAAGACUUCUCAGAUCAGCUGUAUGGAUGAGAGCCUGCAGCACAUAAAGAGCCAACUCAUCAGCAAGAAUGACAUUGUUAUGGAUCUAGAGAAGGAGCUUAAUCGUAGUGAGGCAGAUCGGCGCAGCUGUUCUCAGAAAGUCGAAAUCUUAGAGGGGCAGCUGCAGAUGGUGCAGAACGAGUUGGCUGACACUCUGAAGCAACUACAGGAACUCAAGGAUAUUUUACAGAGAACCCAAAGGGUUUCAGAUGAGCGGCAAGCCUCAGUGGAAAAACUGACUGUCCAGCUGAGGGAGACCCAAAGGGAGCUGGAGGAGAGAACUCACGAGGUUUUAGACAUGGACAACGCCCUGAGGGAAAGACAGGGGGAGCUCCAACAGAGAGCAAAGCUGCUUGGCCAACUGGACGUGGCCAUCAAAGAGCACAAGCAGGAGCUGGAGAGGAAGGUGGAGUCUCUGCAGCAGAGCCUGGAAGCCAGAGAGAGAGAGCUGAGGGACGCACAGAGGGAGCUCACUGACAGAAACAUGAAGGAGUCCCAGGAGCUGUUUGCAUGUCAGCAGAAACUUCAGAAAGUUCUCAAAGAGCUUGAAGAAACUCAAGGUCACUGUGAGGGUCUGACCAGAGAGCUGGAUGCUGCCAAGCUGCAGACCAAAGAGACGGAGGCCCAGCUGUGUGCCAUAGAGGAGGAGCUGACUCUGAAGGAGGCACGCUGGCUGCAGUCGGAGGCCAGGCUUCAGGGCAUGGUCACCGGCUUCGAGCAAGAGCUGGAGCUGGAGAGGAAGCAGCACAGCAAAGAGCUGGAGUCUCUUCAGGAGACUCGAGGCCAGCUCCUCAAAGUCUCGGAGCAGAUCUCCUCCACAAUGCGCUCCUCCCAGGAACAGCUCACUGUUAAACUUCAGCAGAGCCAGACCCAGCUCGAAGAAGCCAGGCUCCGCUUUGAUCAGACCAAAGCCCAGCUGGACCAAACUAAGACGGAGCUUGAGCACGCCUGGAAGCGAGCUACUCACCUCCAGUCACAGUUAGACCAGAGCCAGACACAGCUCCUUCAGAGCCAGACUCAGCUGGAACAGAGCAGGAGUCUGUACGAGCAAACCAGAGCCCAGAACAGUCGUCUGCAGGCACAGCUGGAGGAGCUCACUGCUGUGCUAAAUCAAACCAGAGUCGAGGCCGCCCAGCUCCAGAGUCAGCUCCAUGCCUCCAAGAAGUCUGUGGAGACCUCCAGUGAUUCCCUCCUCAUCAAGGAGUCUGAGGUGGCUCGUCUCCAGGCCAGGAUCUCCAGUUUGGGACGAGCUGCAGACCGACAACAUCUGUACAGUCACAGCCCGUCUCUCUCUUCUCUGCACAAAGUCACAGACUCUCCCCAGCUCUGCCUCUCUGCUCCUUCCCCUGCAUCCUCCCCCCAAAAACUUCAGACGACUAUCAGCUCUCCUCCUCAUGCCCAUUCGACACACCUAAGCUCCCCAACACAUGCGCAGACGUGUUUAUCACCCUCUGCUCGCUCAUACCUUAAACCCACCUCGGCUCUUCAUCUCUCUGAGAGCCGACAAACGUGUGACUGGCUGCAGAGCAGCAGUAUUGACUCCUCCUUGGACCUCCCUGAGAGCGUAAAAGCCACACUGAGAGAGGCUUUGAAUAAGCAACCAUGGGAGUCCUUGUCACACUCAAUUUCCUCUUUACCAGACACAGUGGACCACAGCUGGCAGGGCCUCAGUGCCUCAGAUGCCACAGUAAUCUCUGAUAACUCCUUCAACCCGCUUACUUACAUGGUGGACAGAGAAAGUGACAGAAAUCCAGAUGUGGAAGGCACCGUGAUGGAGAGGGAUGAAGGCGAGCUGCUCAGUGAUUCGAGGAGGGAGUCUGUGAGCACUCUGGUGGGUCAGGAGGAACAGGCUGACAUGAGUUCACUGACAGGCAUGCUGAAGUUUGUCAAUCAGACACUGGCCAUGCAGGAAGAUCCUUCUUUAUGGAGAUCCAUAAACCUACCACAGACAUGACACAGCCUCAGGUUAAAACACUCAUUUAACGGGGAGUUAGUUGGUCAGGAGAGACCUUUUGAAGAAUAUUUUUUUCUAACUGUAUUUGUGUAUUUUACUGAUGUUUAUUGACAAAAUUAAUCAAUAAGAAAAUAAACCAUGUUGAAAAGGUCAUUUACACUCACCAAAAUGCACAGUUCCUGCAAAAUUUCACUUCUUUUUUUGCAUCAUUUGCUCAGUUUUGUUGAUGGGUUCAAGGGCUGGUGCGGGCAGAAAAAACAAACGGCCUCCCAACUGUCGUCACAUUUGAAUUUAAAUGUCACUGAGCCCUGAUUGGUUCGCAUCACACUUAGUGCCAAGUGAGCAAAGACCACUGAAAAGCGGUGUUGAAAUGAAACCUGUGUACCUGAAUUAUCUGCUCUGUUACAGGAAAUUACAAGUUCAUUCAGGACAACAUCACUCUUACUAACAGGUCAUGAAACAUAGACACUGAAGGAGGCUUUACAGAGAGAAGGUGCUAAUGAUGGAUGUUUCUUUUUGUUUUUAGAGGGACGUCAGAGAGGAGGAGAGUCGUUUUGCAUUUCUGUAGGUUAAAUAGAUUUUUGUAUUCACCACUACUUUAACAGUCUGUAAAUAAUCCACUGUGAUGUUUUAUUCCAAAUUGUAGCAUUCUUGUUUCAUGUAUUUUUUAUUGUAACCAAUAUUUAUGUGUUCUUAAAUAAGCUCAUUUGAUUAAAGAGUUUUA